GAGCGAUGCGCAAGCGCGCCCAAGACAGUCGCAGGUAACUCCCAUCUGACGGGCGAGGCGUCGCCGUCGUCGCCGGAAGUUUGGCGUUUCUGCGCCGCGGAGGAGGCGGCGGUCGCGGCAGAAGCAGCAGAGUGUCUCCUGAUACCCGGAUGUGAGGCGGUCUGCCGGCUCGCGUAGGACCCUCGGCCAGGAGUGAGGAAGGUACACGAGCGUCCCGACCGUCCCUGCCGCCUGCUGUCGCGCCGCCUGCGUCCUCAUUUCCCUUUUGCCAGCCGCCCUCCAGAGCCGGACGGCUCUCCCCCUUCCUGUCCCACCCUUGUGUCCCGUUGCCUCGCACACCUCUUCCUACUCCGCUCGUCCCGGCUCCUGGAGCCCCUGAGAGGCAGUGGGCGGCUCCGACGCGCCGUCGCCUGAGGAUUUUUUUUAAACAUUAAUCCCCAAAUGGGAAGUUAUUAGAAGCAUCAUUCAUUAGAAGCAUCAGUCAACCUAAAGAAAAAAGUGAUAUGCGAUUUCCAUUUCAGUAAGGUUCUAUGUAAUGUGUUGAAAUAUUAUAAGGAAUGAUUUUGUCAAAUUUUCAUGAGUUAUGGUGGCUGAAAGAUCAAUUUUGUCUUGUGGGAAAAGAACUAAAUGGCAGCACAAAAGGAUAUCUAUAUUAAUAAAAUAUUUUAUUAAACUAAAGAGGUUAUAUAAGAACUUUAAAUCAACAGACUCAGCAAAUAAGAGAAGACAUGUUUCAAAUGAAUCAAAGUCCAAUAUCUCUAGACUCCAGAAGAAAAAAGUUUUCAAAAACUUUGUCAAGACAGGUCAGUGAUAAAUAACUCCUCCAGUAAUAGGGCUGGCCUGAAAACCAAUAUUAAUUGAAAAAUUAACAAAACAGAUUGAACCUGAAUUACAUAUUUUUCAUGAAAAGUUCAAAAAUAUCAAAUUAAAAUUCAGUUUUCUUCAAAUUUCUGUUGCCUUGCUAAAAGUAAAGCAAGUAUCUUUCAGCCUUCAUGCCAGCUUUUAUCAUGUCCUAGGGAUGACAGAAACCUUACUUGAGGCAAACUGGUAUUUUUGUUGAAAAUGUGUAUCAGCAUCAAAGGCAAUUUUUAAGACCUGCUUCUCAGUAACAGUACUGGACAUAGCAUUUGCACCUACCAGGAUACGAAAAUCCUCUCAGAAGCUAUUCAGAAAAGGAGGACCUGACUCAGGAACAAUGUCCAUUCAGGAGAAAUCAAAAGAAAAUUCCUCCAAUGUUAUUAAAAAAAGUGAUGAUAAGAAUUUAGAAGCACAAAUUCAAGGUUCUCAAAAGAAUCUAGCAAAAAAAUCAGGUCCAAAGCAAGCUAUAAAAUCAAUGAUUAAAUCUUCCAGUGAAAGUAAAAUAAAUCAGCCUGAAUUAGGGGCAUGUAUGAGUACAAGGUCAGCGAAGGCAGCAUCCAGUGAUGAAAAAGCUAGUAAGUCCAUUAAUAAAAAUAUGGUGACUGUGAAGGGACAUUCACAACAAGAAUCUACAAAAAAGAAAUCUCAGAAAAAAUCAGUGCAUGAAACCCCUAAAUCAAAUGAACAGCCUAACCGGAGAUCACAAAGACUACAGCAGCUUACAGAGGUUUCAACAAGGUCUCUGCGAAGUAGAGAAGUUCAGGGUCAAGUUCAAGCAGUUAAACAGAGUUUGCCACCAACAAGAAGAGAGUACUGUAGCAAUACUCAGAAUAAAUCUAAUAAAGUUAAGACAAGUCAAAAACAUGUGAAAAGAAAAGUACUGGAAAUAAAGUCAGACUGUAAAGAGGAUGAAAAUCCAGUCAUUAAUGAAGUAAUAAAUUCCCCCAAAGGAAAAAAACGCAAAGUAGAGCAUCAGACAGCUUAUGCUUAUAGUUCUCAAUGCAUAAAAGGAUCUGAAAACUCUCUUCAGAAGAAUACUAGGAAAGAGGAAACAAAAUCUGUGCCUGUAACUUCUGAGAUAAAAAGAUCAAAAAUGGCUACUACAGUGGUCUCUAAAAAAAAUGAGACAAAGAAAUCAGUUCAUUCACAAGUGAAUAUUAGUGCAAAAUCCCCGAAAAGUUCACAGUCAUCAGUGCCUGAACAAAGCGUAGAUAAUGAACAGGCAGGAAAGAGCAAACGAGGUAGCAUUCUCCAGCUCUGUGAAGAAAUUGCUGGUGAAAUCGAGUCAGAUACUGUAGAGGUAAAAAAGGAAUCUUCACAAAUGGAAAGUAUAAAGGAGGAGAAGCCUACAGAAAAAAAAUUGGAAGAGGCUGAUGUUGAAAGACAAAUACUUCAUCAGAAGGAAACAAAUCAGGAUGUUCAAUGUAAUCGUUUCUUCCCCAGUAGAAAAACAAAGCCUGUGAAAUGUAUACUAAAUGGAAUAAACAGCUCAACUAAAAAGAACUCCAACUGGACUAAAAUUAAACUCUCAAAAUUUAACUCUGUGCAGCAAAAUAAGUUGGACUCUCAAGUUUCCCCUAAAUUGGGCUUAUUACGGACUAAUUUUUCACUACCAACAUUAGAAAUGCCUCAUCCAGUGACUCAGAGUACAUUUUUAGGGACAAAACCCCAUGAUAAAAAUAUAGCUUGCCAGCAGGAAGAAAAGAAAGAAAUUAAUUCUGAAGAAAUUAAAAUUGGUGGUUUUACAGUUGAAAUUAAUAAAACCACAAAAAGGGCUCCUGAAAAUUUUCAUUUGGAUAAUCAGAUAAAACCACCUCCUGACCCACCAUUGGAUAACCAGAUGAAAGAUUCUUUUGAAUCAACACCAAAUAAGAAUUUCAGCCUGUGUUUGGAAUCUAAACUGGAAAACAAUCCAGUGGAAAAUAACACUACUGUUUCAACUCUGCUCAGUCAAGCAAAGAUUGAUACAAGGGAGAGUAAAUUUUCAGGUUCAGCUCCCCAACAGCACAGUGUACUCAAUAACCAAACAUCUAAGACCAUUGAUACCAGGGAGACACCACCAAAUCAUUCUUGGCCCAAGUGUAAUUCCCAUUUGGAGAUAACAAUUCCAAAGGAUUUGAAAUUAAAAGAAGCAGAGAAAGCUGAUGAAAAACAGUUGAUCAUAGAUGCAGGACAAAAAAGAUUUGGAGCAGUUUCCUGUAAUGUUUGUGGCAUGCUUUACACAGCUUCAAAUCCAGAAGAUGAAACGCAGCAUCUGCUCUUCCACAACCAGUUUAUAAGUGCUGUAAAAUAUGUGGGCUGGAAAAAAGAAAGAAUUCUGGCUGAAUAUCCAGAUGGCAGGAUAAUAAUGGUUCUUCCUGAAGACCCAAAGUAUGCCCUGAAAAAGGUUGACGAAAUUAGAGAGAUGGUUGAUAAUGAUUUAGGUUUCCAACAGGCUCCACUAAUGUGCUAUUCCAGAACUAAAACACUUCUCUUUAUUUCUAAUGACAAAAAAGUAGUUGGCUGCCUAAUUGCAGAACAUAUCCAAUGGGGCUACAGAGUUAUAGAAGAGAAACUUCCAGUGAUCAGGUCAGAAGAAGAAAAAGUCAGAUUUGAAAGGCAAAAGGCCUGGUGCUGCUCAACAUUGCCAGAGCCUGCAAUUUGUGGAAUCAGUCGAAUAUGGGUAUUCAGCAUGAUGCGUCGGAAGAAAAUUGCUUCUCGCAUGAUUGAAUGCCUAAGGAGUAACUUUAUAUAUGGCUCAUAUUUGAGUAAAGAAGAAAUUGCUUUCUCAGAUCCCACUCCUGAUGGAAAACUGUUCGCAACACAGUACUGUGGCACCGGUCAAUUUCUGGUAUAUAAUUUUAUUAAUGGACAAAAUAGCACCUAAAACAAGUUCUUGCCUACAGUACCAGAAGACAUCUACGAAGAAUGGAUUGGUUGCAGACUUUAACCAGGAACUAGGGCCAUUUUUGUUACAAUGAACUCAGGACUGGCAACAACCUAAGGUUGUUCCAUUUUCAUAAACUUGGAAACAAUGCAGUAAUAGCUUAUUAAUGUUUGUUUUUUAAAGAAGAUAUUUUAUUAUCUUUUACAGAAAUUUAUGAUUAAUGUAUUUUAUCUAGAGUUAUUUAGACAUGUUUACAUGCAGCAGAUAAUUGUUCAUAGUGGACUGAAAACUAAUGCAAGGACUAUGGUCUCAGUGAUAAGUAUAUUUUGAAGUUCUUAGUAUGGAAAUAUACCAGUGUAGUUUGGUACUGUAUUUUUUAAAUAUUGUUCUGCUGAUACCAGUUAUAGUUUUAAAGAUUGUAUUUUCACAGAGUGGAAGCCAGUAUUUUUGAGCUAUUGUUCAGGUAGGGUGCAAUAUUAAAUGUUUUAGAAUUCAAAGCUAAUUCUUUAUGGGCCUGAAAUAUACUUUGAAGGAACUGCCACCAAAAAGCAAAGCUCCAGAUAAGCUGGAGGAAUUUGGAAUAUUGAGCUUUUCCUUCCAUUUCUCUCUUUCCCGUUCUUGAUGGCAGAAAGAAGUGGAAGGUGGUAAAGGAUUGAGUCUUUUCUUCUUGGAGACCUUUAAGUGACUAGAAUUAGGAAAGUACCCUGUGAAGUUUAUUAUUAUUUCAUUCUGGUUUUACUUCUUAAAUGGCAACUGGGCACACUUAGGCUGUUAACAAAACUCCAAAGAGGUUUAUAAAAACCUGUGGAAUGGUUGCAAACUAAAUAUUAGUGACUUGGUAUCUGCUUUGUUAUUCCUCAGAAAUACUACACUGAGUAUAUGCCCUCAUCACUGGACUUCAUUCUGAUACUUGUCAAUCCUUCAUAGUUCCCUCUACUUUUAAAGGGUUUAUAUGUUGAAAAACUGCUGUGGCCUUUUAUGACUUGUAUAUAAUGUAGAAUAAAAUAAUAAAAUACUUGAUAGCUUUUUCUAAGUGAUAAA